CCUCUACCCACAAUUUCGAUUUCAAUAAUCUGUAUCUUGUUCGAUAAUCAUAUGCUGCUUCGUUGAUAUUUCUUGACUGCACUUUACCAAUUCAAAAACCACAGAAAUUUCCUCAAUUUUGACUGUUUCUUGGUUUAUAUAUACUUGUAGUUUAAUAUUCGUUUCAGCAAGAAGCAAGGAGAAAGGAGAAAGGAGAAAGAAGAGAGAAUUGACAGUGAUUUGUUCUGGGGUUUGAUUUUGGUUGAGUUAAUUAGUUUCGUUUUCGAGAGUGAGAGUGGAUUUGGUGAGGGGAAAAUGAUGGACAAUUAUUUGAAUGAGAAUUUCGGGACGGUGAAACCGAAGCAUUCAUCGGAGGAGGCGUUACAGAGAUGGAGGGAUAUGUGUGUUCUUGUGAAGAACCCUAAACGGCGGUUUCGUUUCACCGCUAACAUCCCCAAACGCAAUGAAGCUGAAGCUAUGCGCCGUAGUAAUCAGAAGUUGAGGGUAGCUGUUUUGGUGUCGAAAGCAGCAUUUCAGUUUCAGCAAGGCGCAGAAGCCAGCGAUCACACGAUAUCCGACGAAAUCAAAGCAGCUGGUUUUGGUAUCAGUGCCGAUGAGGCGGGAUCCAUCGUGGAAAACCAUGACUCCAAAAGGCUAAAAUCUCAUGGUGGGGUAGAUGGUCUUGCAAAGAAGCUCAAAACAUCGACCACUAAUGGACUUGCCAUGGAUGAUAAAGAUUUGAGCUGCAGACAGAAACUUUUUGGAACCAACGAAUUCACCGAGCGUGAGCAACAAAGCUUUUGGGUUUUCGUAUGGGAAGCCCUUCAAGAUAUGACCCUUAUGGUUCUUGCUGUAUGUGCCUUUGUUUCUUUAAUCGUCGGCAUAGCAACCGAAGGAUGGCCAAAGGGAGCUCAUGAUGGUCUUGGAAUCGUGGCUAGUAUCUUGUUGGUAGUGUUUGUAACAGCAACAAGUGAUUAUCGUCAAUCUCUACAGUUUAGGGAUUUGGAUAAAGAGAAGAAGAAGAUAUCAAUUCAAGUCACCAGAAACGGAUACAGGCAAAAGUUAUCGAUAUAUGAACUACUUCCUGGUGAUAUCGUACAUCUCGCCAUUGGAGAUCAAGUUCCUGCAGAUGGACUUUUCCUUUCUGGGUUUGCAGUCUCUAUCGACGAAUCUAGUUUGACCGGAGAAAGCGAGCCAGUUAAGGUCAAUACCGAAAAUCCUUACUUGUUAUCUGGAACCAAGGUUCAAGAUGGUUCAUGUAAAAUGUUGGUUUUAACGGUAGGCAUGAGAACCCAAUGGGGAAAACUGAUGGCAACUCUUAGCGAAGGGGGACACGAUGAAACCCCAUUGCAGGUUAAGUUGAAUGGAGUGGCAACUGUUAUUGGAAAGAUAGGCCUUUGUUUUGCCGUAGUGACCUUUGCAGUUUUGGUUCAGAAACUGCUUGCUGUCAAGAUCACAGAAGGAACUCAUUGGAUUUGGUCUGGUGAUGAUGCCUUGAUGUUGUUGGAAUACUUUGCUAUCGCUGUCACCAUUGUUGUUGUUGCAGUUCCAGAAGGGUUGCCUUUGGCCGUCACAUUGAGCCUGGCCUUUGCCAUGAAGAAGAUGAUGAAUGAUAAGGCACUAGUUCGCAAUCUUGCCGCCUGUGAGACCAUGGGUUCUGCAACCACCAUUUGCAGCGAUAAAACUGGGACGCUGACCACCAACCACAUGACCGUUGUCAAGUCUUGCAUUUGUAUGAAUGUUAAAGACGGGAUCAAACAAGAAACCUCUGAAAUCCCUGAUGGUGCUUUAAAGAUUCUUCUACAAUCGAUAUUCACCAACACAGGGGGAGAAGUUGUGAUUAACCAACAAGGGAAACGUGAGAUACUAGGAACCCCAACAGAGACAGCCAUACUGGAGUUUGGAUUGUCACUUGGAGGUGAUUUCCAAUCUGAGCGCCAAGCAUCCAAAGUUCUCAGAGUUGAGCCUUUCAACUCUACGAAGAAACGAAUGGGGGUGGUGCUGGAGCUUCCUGAAGGAGUAGUAAGAGCACAUUGUAAAGGUGCUUCAGAAAUAAUCUUGGCUGCUUGUGAUAAGAUGAUCAAUGCAAAUGGUGAAGUUGUGCCUCUUGACCAGGCAUCCAUUAAACAUCUAAAGAGUACAAUUGAGAGUUUUGCUGAUGAAGCCCUUCGAACUUUAUGUCUUGCUUAUAUAGACAUCAAAAGUGAUGUUUCGGCUGAAACUCCUAUUCCAGCUUCUGGGUACACCUGUAUUGGAAUCGUGGGUAUCAAAGAUCCUGUCCGUCCAGGUGUCAAAGAAUCAGUUGCUCUUUGUCGGUCAGCUGGCAUAACUGUCCGUAUGGUUACAGGUGACAACAUAAAUACCGCGAAAGCCAUAGCCAGGGAAUGUGGAAUACUUACAGAUGAUGGGAUUGCAAUAGAGGGUCCAGAUUUCCGCGAGAAGAGUCUGGAGGAAUUGCUCGUACUAAUCCCCAGGAUUCAGGUUAUGGCUCGAUCUUCGCCUCUAGAUAAGCAUACAUUGGUGAAACACUUGCGAACCACAUUUGGUGAGGUUGUAGCAGUUACUGGAGAUGGAACAAAUGACGCCCCAGCUCUUCAUGAAGCCGACAUAGGCCUUGCCAUGGGCAUUGCUGGAACUGAGGUUGCCAAAGAGAGUGCAGAUGUUAUUAUUCUGGAUGACAAUUUCUCCACAAUUGUGACCGUAGCCAAAUGGGGCCGAUCAGUCUAUGUUAACAUUCAAAAGUUUGUACAGUUUCAGCUGACUGUCAACAUCGUUGCUUUAAUAGUGAACUUCACUUCAGCAUGUUUAACAGGGAGCGCACCCCUCACAGCUGUUCAACUUUUGUGGGUGAACAUGAUCAUGGAUACAUUGGGAGCACUGGCACUUGCAACCGAGCCUCCAAAUGAGGAACUAAUGAAGAGAGCUCCUGUCGGCAGGAAGGGUAACUUCAUAACGAAUGUCAUGUGGAGGAAUAUCUUCGGGCAGGCUGUGUACCAAUUUGCAGUCAUAUGGCUUCUUCAGUCGAAAGGAAAAUCAUUCUUUGGCCUUGACGGAGAUGACUCUGAUCUCAUCCUUAACACACUCAUUUUCAAUUCCUUCGUCUUCUGUCAGCUCUUUAACGAGGUUAACUCUAGAGAAAUGGAGAAAGAAGAUGUUCUAGAUGGCAUAUUGGAGAACAAGGUGUUUGUAAGCGUUAUUGCUGCAACCGUCAUUUUCCAAGUGAUAAUAAUCGAGUAUUUGGGUACCUUUGCAAACACAUCACCAUUAACAACCACACAAUGGUUGUUUAGCAUUUUCACCGGAUUUUUAAGCAUGCCGAUUGCUGUGUUCUUGAAGAAGAUCCCUGUUGGAGGUAACAUGAAGAUAUGAUAUCUUCUUUGACUUGUUAGAAAGCCAUUAGAUUUAUCUCUUUUUGCCAUCCAAUCUGUUGUUUAUCACAGUUUUGUGAUGGGAAUUCCAUUAAUCCAAUCAGAAACCCACCCGAAAAAAGGAAAUUAAAAGCUGUGAUCUUGCUUAUCACAUAACAUACUGAUAUUUCUGUGAGAUCCCAGAUUUUAAUUCCGUUCUUUGUCUUUGGUUUUUGAAGUCGCGUAGAUGUGCAUUUGUUUUCAUUAUGAAUCUGUAUUAGACGUAUAGUUCAUUUUGCUACUUCUGGGAAGUGAUUGUUUAAUUUGGAAUGAAAUAUUUUUGUAAAGCUUGAUCUUUUUAGUUCUAAUAAAAGUGUAACAUAUUGCUGAUUUAUUGGAUCUUUCUUAGACUUUCUA